GUAGAGACAUCUGCAGGUAAAACGAAACUAUUCUAAAAUGGCGGCAUAUAAACAAAUCUAGCCGAACCAAAUUGUUGUCAAUGAAAAUUGAUAUUAAACAUCUAUUCAAUAUUGAGAAUUGAAUAAAAGUAUAAUCAACAUAAAUAUUAUCUUCUGUGAAAAAAUCCAAAACCAAAAUUCUUUUAAACAAUCGACUCUUUGUUGAAAACUAUUUUAUCACUACCUGUUCCAUACACGUUCCUACAUGACUUUUUCUAACUAAAAUGACUAAAAAGUCGACAAAUGAUGAUGAUUUUGAAAAAUUCCUUCAAGAGUCAAUAUCUGAAGAUUCUACAUCAUAUGGUCCAAAAGUACGUAUGAAUAAGAAAGAUAAACUAUGGUGGGACGAAGAUGGAGACACUUCCGAAAAGACACAACCAAAAAUGAGUUUUAUGAAGACGAAAAAGAAAGAAUCUAUCGAAGAGAAGAAUGUGGGCAAAGAUAAAAUACGCCUGAGCAAAGAUAGUUUAGAUGAUACUCUUGAGAAAACCGAGAAACCGAAAGAUAGUAUUACAAUACCUAACUUAAAUUUGACCUCUCAAUCUUUUGCCGAAUCUGAGACUGACGGUAAUCAAGCGCCAGGAAAUGAAACGUUAAUGGAGGAAGCUGAUAAAGCAGCUUUUUUCAAAAAUUUAAGGGAAAAGGAAGGAAAAACUUUGGAAUUUGAGAAGCUGGCAGAAGAAUGCGACACUAAAGGUUUUCCUACGAUUAAUGAAGAGAAUGAUCUAGAAGAGGAUAAUGUCAAUGAAGAACAGAAAAAGGGAAAGAGUACACUAAAAUAUGAAGACGAAGAAGAGGAGGAGGAGGAAGAAGAAGAAGAAGAAGAAGACGAUGAAGAAAAAGGUCCUAGGCCAGUUGGAAAAAGAGAUAUGAAACCCAGUAUGUUGUCUAAAGUGUCUUUACUCGACUCUCUGGAAUCAUCUGGAGGCACGAAAAUGAUAUCAAAGGACGAUUCAGGAAGUAAGGAAGAACUCGAGGAAGUAAAGGAAGAAGAUGAGAAAAAAGUAAAAUUUCUAAGAGACACCGAUUCGUCUAAUGCUGUUUUGGAGGAGUACCAACGCCAUCUGAAACAGGGUAUGUCUUACAGCACGAAAGAUGAAACGGGAUAUAUAACCCCACCCGGAGGAACAGGUCUUCAACCCACAGUUGAUGAGGUUGGUGACCUAUACGACAGAAGCAAAAACAUAGAGACUUUGUAUGAUGAAAAAAUUAGUAGAAAUACGGAUUUGGAUGAGAAUUUUACAAAUUUAGAUUUGAGUCCUAUUGCUAAUCAUACACCUCCAAAGGCUUUGCCUAGAACUAGAUCAUCAACAGAACGAUUAUCGAGUACAAAGAAGGAAAAAAAGAGGCAUGACAAGUACAGGAAUGUUAGAAGUUCAGGCUAUGGGAGAGUCUCAGAAGAGCGAAGAAAACAUCAAAAGAGCUCCGAUUACGAAAAACCCCCAAAACAACCUAUAAGGGAAGAAAAUCGUCGACUUAAUCACGGACGUGACAGGGAAGAACAAUUCGAGAAGCUCAUUAAAUCCCAAUCGAAGAAGGGUAAAGAAACCUUAUCAACUCAAAUGCUUUCGACCGCAAUUUGUGAAGAAAUGGACGAAUGGAGACUUAGAUGGCAAGCCGAGAAAGUAAAAUCUGAUAAAUUAAGUGCAAGCCUAAUUCAUUCAGAAAAACAAUGGAUUAGAGAUAAGGAAGACAUAAAAUCAAGAUACGAAGAGGAAAUUGUUAAAUUAAAAAGAGAAAAUAAUGAAUUAAUGAACAAAUUUGAAAAGGUCAAAGUUAUCUCUAGGCAAUCGGACGAUGAAAAGUUAACAAACUUCUUAAAUCAAAUUCAAGAUCAGGAAAAGUUAAUUAAUGGAUAUCAAGUUGAAAAUGAGAAAUUAUAUCAAGAGAUGAAAUUAAUGAAAAUUGAUAGAAAAACUAAUGAAGAGAGACUUAUCAAAGAAAAUAGAAAAUUAAUUACUGAAUUAGAGAAUAUCAAGGAACAAACACUACCCAGAGAGAGAUUGGUAAAGGGUGAAUCGUCCAGUAUAGAUCAUUCAUUAAGUUCUAAUAGAAUUAAACAGUUGGAGACGGAAUUGAAGCAGAUUAAAGGCGAAAUGAAAGAGAAUAAAAUAGCCUUAGAGUUAACAAAGAAAGAGAAGAAAGAGGCCGACGAACUCUUUGAAAUGACUGUUAUUAAACUAAAGAGAAUGGAGGAGAAAGAAGAUGAACUAAGAAAUAAUAUUUCAAAAGAAAAUAAAAAAGAUGUUGAAAAAUUACAAGAAAUUAACUCAAAAUUAGAAAGAAAGAUACGAUGGUAUGCUGAAAAUCAAGAAUUACUUGACAAAGACUCAAUUAAGUUGAAAGAACAACAUCUAAGGAUAAAAGAACUUGAAAAAAAAGUAGAAUAUAUGGAAAGUGAUGAAUAUCAGAAAGGUAGGCUAGAAAAGUUAAGACAGAAGGAAAAGCAAAGAGAUUUAACCAAAAUAAGAGAUUUAGAGAGACAAGUGAAAGAAUUAGAGAAUAUCAUUAAAAAACGUCAUCCGAACUCGAUAGCGUCCUUAAUGUGGGCCGCGUCGUCAGAAAAACAGGAUAAUCCAAAUAUGCCAUCUAUAAAAUUUCUUGAAGAUCGUUGCAAACGAUUGGAAAAAGAAUUAGAAGAAAGGGAUGAUGAAGAAAAGAAAUCCAUCAGGGUUUUAGAACAAAAAUUCGAGAGAAUGAAGGGAACUUAUGAAAUAACUAUUGAAGAUUUAAAUGAUAAAUUGGGCGCUUUAACUAAAGGUAGUUCAGAAAGACCACAUACUCAUAUGAAAGCCUUAGAAAGGGAAUUGGAUAGCGUUAAAGAAAGAUAUAGGAAACGAGUCGUCGAACUUGAAAACGAAAUUGAACAGCUACAAAAUGAAUUACAAUUAGCUUUAAAAUCUUCACAAAAUCCUCAACAUUCCUCUCCAACUAAAAAAGAGAAUAAAUUAUAUUUCGAGAUUAAAGAAUUAAAGAUAGAAAGGGAAGAAUUAAAACUAAGAAUUGAUGAUUUAUUAAAAGAAAUAUCUCAUCUAAAGGAGCAAUCUUCAAAGAAAAUGCCAAAGAAUUCAAAACUUAUUGAUAAUAAUAUACCAAAUUUAGAAAAGGAUGUAGAAAUUUUAACAAAAGAGAAGAAAAACUUGGAACAAGAGGUGACUAUUUAUCAUUUAGCUCUUUCUCUCAUUCUUUCAUUUUUCCAAUGUUGAUAUUUACGCUUAAACGAAAUUGUUUAUUUUUAAUUUUAGAAUCAUAAGCUUACUUCCUUUUUUCGUUAAAAUAUUUUAAGUAGGCAACUUAAUCUUUUCCCUUUUUCAACUAAAUCGAAAGUAAACGUAAACAAAACUAUUCGAAAAUUACGUAAGAAAAAAGAAUUUCUAGUAGGCUUAAUUGACUUCGUAUCGGUUAUCAUAUAAAAAGCAAAGGAAAUUUUAUCGUCUGAAACCUUAAUUAACACGUAUAUCUAAUUUAGACGACUUACAGCUGUUCCAUUCACACAAAAUCACGAAGAGACAAAGAAAGAAAGAAAGAAAGAGAUGUUCGUAAAUUAUCCUGUUAAUUCGUUUUUAUUGUUAGAAAGAAAACUAUUUUACAUAUCACGUCUAUUUUUAUCCACAGCGGAAAGAAAACAGUAGGCAAAUCUAUCAAUGAUAAUUAUAUAACUGUAUCUUUCUUUUACGUCUUAUUUGCUUUAUAAAUAUAUACUAGGAUAUAUAUAUGUCAUUUAUCUAGAAUAAGGAGUUACAAAGAAUUCUUGAAAAUGACCGCGAAAGAUGGAAAGAUAAGCUUCAUGAAGCUUUUGAAUCUGAAAGGAAAACUAAAGAGGAAAUUGAAAAAAAGACAGCUGAAUUGUAUAAUGAACACGUCCUGGCCAUGCAGACUUUCUACUCAAAUCCACCUAAAAUUGAAAGGACUGAACGGCUAGAAAAGGAACUUUCACUUGGUAAGCAAAGACAGACUGCUCUUGAAGAUGAAAUUAAACAACUCUCAGAAGAUCUUAAGGAGGCAAGAUCUAGCCAUACGGCUGAAAGGCGUCAUAUUGAUUCAUUAUUAGAAAAAAUUAGACGUUUAGAAAGUCGACAUAUCGAGAGAGAGUCUGAAAUAAAGCAUCUUCUUUUAUCAAAAAGUAUUAAAGAUGAAGAAGAAGAUCAAAUAGAAUAUUGGAAAAGUGUAGUAGAUAAGAAAAAUAGUGAGAUAGAACGUUUUAAAUUAGAAAUGGACGCAAUAUUAGAAAAUGUUAGGAAAUUACAAAGAAAAAAUACUCAUAAAUAGAUAUUUUCUAUUAUUUUUUUAAAAAGCAAUUUCUAGAAAAAUUAUUAUUAAUAUUCAUAUGGUUCUAUUUUCGUAUAUUUUCUUAACUGUAUAUGAAAACAUAAAAUAAAUAUAAAAAAGUGUUAGUUUUUUUAAUGAACG